AUGCUGCGGGGCGAUUCAACGUUGAUGAGUUUAAGACAAAAAAUCCUUUGUAUAUGUGAUUCUGUGGCGGCUCUAGAGGAUGGCCAUGAACUGGAGCCUAUUGAUGACUCAAAGACUCACAUGAUACUCUAUCCAUCGUCUUUUAUAUUUAUUCAUGACACGUUCUACGUAGACUAUUCAAUGCCGCACUCGCAAGAUAUUUCAGCCCCUAUUCGAGAGUUUAUGGCCCGGAAGAAGUGUUUUGAUCCUGUCACAUCGAAAGACAUCUCAGGUGUCAAAAUAAUCGACCUGAAACUCAGAUUGGGUCAGCCGUAUGUUUUCCAACAUUCCGGAACUUGUGAGCAUCUGUUGAUAUUCCAUGAUCUGCGAUUGCUCGAGAAAAGUGAUGUUCAAGAUCUCGAACGGUAUCCAAUGGUAGUAUUUGAAAAGAAGGGAGAUGUUCGGUGCUCUGUUUGCAAAAGUUAUGCAGCGUUUGUUGUGGAAGAGUGUGAACGGUUACCAUCGCCCUAUAUGAUGUUUUGUGAUGGAUGCUUCCGAGAGUUCUUCUUCAUGCACGGUCACAAAAUCGGACGUUUCAAAGCUCAUCCUUAUAUGCCAAUCCAGCGGUUUACGGUCCUUCGACAAUAG